AUGCUCACCGAGGACCCCUCUCAACAGCCGCCGGCAAGCUGCUACGUGAAGUUCGGCAAACACAUCCAGAAGAGGCAGCUGGAUAUCCCCGAAUAUGCUGCCAGCUUCGUUGACUACAAGGCCCUCAAGAAGUUACGGUUGAAAACCUUGGCGGACAGAAAGAAGUCAUUACAAGCUCGAGGAUUGUCCGCUUCAAAACUCUCCACAGUCUUUGUCACGCUAGACGAAGGCUUCCGAUUGUUCAACAGUGAUCUCGACAAGCUCCAGAUCAACCAGACGGCCUUCUCGAAGAUCCUCAAGAAGUCGCGCACGAAAGAGCUAUAUCUCUCACGAGCAGUAGAGAUCCAGCCAUGCUUCAACAGAGAUGUCAUCAGAGAUCUUUCCGACCAAGCCACAUCAAGUUUGCUUGAACUCGGCGCUUGGGCAGAAGGUGAGAAGAUUGAAUAUAUCCCUAGUGGUGAUCAACAGCAAAGGCCCCAGGCAGGCGCGCAAGAGGACAACGACAUCGAAAUGCAAAUGCAACAGGCAGUGAAUACUGGUAACGAGACACUAAUCAAGGAAUGGAUCUCGAGACUAGGAUCUACAAAUGAAGCGAGGGAACGCAUCAACCGCAUUUUCCUCAGCACAAUCAACGAUGCACCUUUGGAAAUGCAGAAGACCCUACUGGAGACAAAUCUAGUUGAUCUGGAUUACGUGGAUGAGAUCAACGAACGUACUUGCUUGCAUGAGCUCUCGAUCUCAGGAAGACUACUCAGCCUGACGAUGGUGCUCGAGCGUGGCGCAAACCCCUUGGCGACCGAUAUCUAUGGUCGCAUUUCGCUGCACUACGCCUGUAUGCGCGGUCACGUCGAUGUGGUCAAGGAACUUGUCAAGUAUGACUCGGCGAAUUCUAUGCAAGGCAUAGAGAGUACCUCUUCGAACGCUGCUCCCGUCGCCGAAAGCGUUGACUUCAAAGACUUGGACAACUUCACACCCCUCAUUCAUGGUAUCGUGCAUGCUCGUUUUGCAGCGGUCCAGGCAGUCUUGGAGCUGGGAGCUCGCGUAGACCCUACUAGCGAAGCAGACCACAUUCCGAUCAACCUGGCUUGCCAAUACGGAUCGGUUCCAAUUGUGGACCUGCUCCUCCAAUACCACCCACAGAUUUUGCCUGAUGCAGAAGGACUGUAUCCACAACAUCUGGUUCCCAGAUCAGGCCGUAGUCCACAGAUCUUGCAAAUGCUGAAGAACUACGGAGCUAAUCUGGAUCAGCCCGACAAACUUUACCAAUGGACUCCGCUCUUCCACGCUGCAAGUGAAGGCCACUUGUCUUGCCUACAGUCCCUACUCGAAUUGGGCGUGGAUGUUGAUGUAUUGGACGAGAAAGACCUCUCUGCCAUGUACUAUGCCGCAUGGGAGGGUCACCUCGACUGUUUACGUCUGCUGGAAAAGGCAGGCCAUGGUAAGGGUAUUGCCCGUGAAGAGCCGACGCCAGCUCCUGCCACUUUCCAGUCCAUCCUCAGCUCAAGUGCACCUAUCCCUGCAAGUGCAGAUAUGGAAGCGAUUCCCGAUCUGUCCUUGCCUCCACCAAUCAUCCCUCUCAGACGCUAUGGUCACAACUUCCUCGACACAACAAAAACAUUCAUUGUCAUCAGUUUCGACUCACAAGAUUCUCAAGCGAUUGAGUUCUAUGGCGACAACAAGUAUCCUGCCGCAAGAUUGACGAUAUCAUCCAAGUCUUCAGAUCUCAUUCCCCGCAAUAUCCCAUUGCCGAUACAGGACGAGUUCAAAGUCAUCUCUUUCCAGAUUGACAAUCUCAACACCUUCUCGAUCGAUUUCGACAUCUUCCCCACAUUUGGCUCCAAGGUGAUUGCCAGAGGUGCAGCGUCAUCACUUGUGUUCUCGAGCCGUUACAGCAGUUCUGGAAAUUGGCAUCUGGAACUUUUCGACCCUAGACUCCGGGCUAUUGGACGCAUCAGCUUCAGAUAUCAAGUCGUCACACCUUUCCACGGCAUUCCUAUGGAGAUUACACAGUUCGCUACAUACUGGAAGGCGACGAGCCAGAUCAGUUCGCAGCCCAACGGACUCAUCACUGGUUCGAGUUUGAGCGGAGACUACAUGCGCAUUUUUGUGCAAGCAACCAAGGAUGGCGUGCCGGUCCUGUAUCCUUCUUGGGCCAUGCCAUCGACACUUGCAGCCUACGGUGUGAGAAAUGAUCUUAUCAGUCGUCUUACGUACGAACAGUUCUCUGCUAUCGGAAAAGCAAACGGCAAAGGACCCGAAAGCUUGAGAGUGCUGCUUGAAGCCUCGCCCGCCUUGUUGGCAAAGGGACUUGCAGAAUCUUGGUGCUCUCUUCACGACGUGCUCGAGAUACUGCCUCCGCAGAUGCAUCUCGAUGUGCACAUGCUCUUCCCUACAAAGGCAGAAGAGGAGAUGCUGCAACUUGGCCCAACAGGCAACAUCAACGAGUUCGUAGAUGCCUCGUUGAAGGAGGUGUUUGAUCAUGCACGCCGACUACAUCCCGUACUUUUGUGCAACGACCUCGGCAUCGAGCAAGCAAUGUCGGAAGAGACAGAUUGGCCAUUGUUCAGCAGCGGACGUACUACUACGUCUGUCAAGGAAGCCAUUGCUGCACUGAUCGAGUCAGUCAAGACGGCAGGACUGGUGUUGAUUGCAGAUGUGACCAACUCGACGACACAAGAGCAGGUUGCGCGUGCGUCCUUUGACGCGCUGCCCGACGAGGUGGACGGCUACCUCGACAACAACGCAGUUUUGCGAUUCCACGAAAGCAUCGACAUGUAA